AUGGCAUCUUUCGCGACGGCAACGCGCCUUUCUGCCCGGCUCGUCAGCCGGCGAGUCGCUCAAGAUGCCGCAACGCGAGGCUUUCGGACUUCCGCUACCUCCCCCGCCGCCCAGAACUUCAUGAUGCCGGCUUUGUCGCCAACCAUGACCGAGGGAAAUAUUGCCACCUGGAAGGUCAAGGAGGGCGAUUCGUUUUCUGCCGGUGACGUACUGCUCGAGAUCGAGACCGACAAGGCCUCCAUGGACGUUGAGGCUCAAGACGAUGGCGUCGUCAUGAAGAUCAUGCAGGGCGACGGAACCAAGAGCAUUCAGGUUGGCACACGGAUCGGCGUACUCGCCGAGCCCGGCGACAACCUCAGCGAACUCGAGAUCCCCGCCGACGAGAAGCCCGCGCAAACCGACACCAAGAAGGACGAACCAGCGCAGAAAGAGGAAGCGAAGGAGACCGCGCCAGAGAAGCAGGCCAGCGGACAGAAGCAACCCGAGAAGUCCGGAGAGAAGGCACCACCGCAAAAGUACCCUCUUUACCCCUCCGUGGAACAUCUGGUGAAGGAACACAAGCUGGACGAGUCGUCCAUAAGCGAGAUGACCCCUACGGGCCCUGGCGGACGACUGCUGAAGGGGGAUGUCCUCGCCUACCUGGGCAGCGUCUCUUCAAAGCGACCGGAAGAGAUCAUGGCGCGGUUCGUGCACAACUCCCACCUUGACCUCUCAAACAUCAAGGUCGCCGCGCCCAAGGAAGCUCCCAAGGCGGCAAAGGCCCCUCUAGAGGCCCCCAUUCCAGAAGAUCUGCUGGUGUCGUUACCAGUGUCUCUGGCUGCCGUCAUUGAAGUGCAGAAGAAGAUCGAGGCGACACUCGGCACAUUCAUGCCCCUGUCAACGUUCAUCGCGCGAGCCACAGAGGUUGCCAACGAUGAACUACCUCUGCCUUCCAACUACAAGCCUACGGCCAAUGAGCUGUUCAACCAAAUCCUCGGACUUGACAAGGUCGGCCCUAAGGGCUCACAAGGCAACUACCUGCCGCAAAUCUCCGCGCUCCCCACACCCACCCUAUCUGGUGUCGCACCAAAGCCGAAGACCAAGGUGGACAUCAUUGACUUCCUCGCUGGGCCGGCGAAGAAGUCUGCCAAUAAGGCAAAGAAGGCAGCUCUACGACCUAGCUUCUCUACCGGCAACAACAUCUUCAGCCUCAGUGUACCGAAGGCCGAGGAGAAGCGUGCAAAGGUCUUCUUGCAGAGAGUGAAGGCAGUCUUGGAGGCUGAGCCGGGCCGGUUGGUCUUAUGA